AUGCCAAUCAAGAAGGUUUUCCUCACCGGGGCGUCCGGGUUCAUUGGCGGCGAUGCACUCUACGCAGUGCACAAGGCCCAGCCCGACUGGGAGAUCUCCGUCCUGAUCAGAGAUAAAGAGAAGGCUAAGCAGAUUCAAGAAGCCUACCCCGAUAUCAAGGUUGUCAUCGGUUCGUUAGAUGAUACCGAAAUCAUCGUGAAUGCUGCAUCUACAGCCGACAUCGUCAUCCACACCGCAGAUUCGUCUGAUCAUCCAGCCUCGGCCCAAGCCAUCGCGGAUGGCCUCCGGGCCACGCAUUCGCACUCCAACCCUGGAUAUUACAUUCACAUCGGCGGUACGGGAAUCCUUACCUGGUAUGACUGGGAGCACCAGCGCUUUGGACAAAAGCCGCUGCCAGAACAGGCGUAUGAUGAUUUAGAUGGCAUUGACGCUAUAUUAAAUCUUCCCGACUACGCCUGGCAUCGUAAUGUUGACAAAAUCGUUCUCGCGGAGGCCAGCAAGGAUCCAGAGGCGGUCAAAAUUGCCAUUGUAUGCCCCCCAACGAUUUACGGCAUUGGAAGAGGUCCCAUCAGCCAGCGAAGUCGUCAGAUUCCUUUGCUCAGCGCCUUGACAAUCGAAAACGGCGAAGCGCCUGUUAUUGGAGAUGGCCUUGCGGAAUGGGACCACAUCCAUAUUCACGACCUGUCCAGCCUGAUUACACUGCUCGUGCAGCAUGCCAAUAAAUCGGGGACUCAUGAUCCUAAUAAGGAGGUUUUUGGCCCAAACAGCUACUACUUUGCUGCGAGUGGGACUCAUCGAUGGGAUAAAAUCGCCGAGGCUAUUGCCGAAGAAGCCUAUAAGCAGGGCUAUAUCAAGGUGCCCAAAACGACUCAACUUACUGUUAAUACGGCCAAGGAGAAGUACGGCAUGGAACCUAUAACCUGGGGCCUUAACAGCAAGGGUGCGGCGAGGCGGGCAAAGAAGCUUCUUGGCUGGGAGCCCAAGGGCCCAGAGCUAACGGAACUGAUCCCUGACCUGGUUCGAUAUGAGGGAGAGAGAAAGAAACAGGGACUCGAAGCCUGGAAGAAAGUUAAUUAA